AUGCUGGGCGGGGCGGCGGGGGGCGCCCGCUCCCGCCCGCCCUCUGACCUCCAGCAAGGUGUGAGCCGGUUCCCGCUAUACUCGCUGUUUCCGGCCCAAGGUGUUGACAGGCAAUCCAUACACAAAGUGACGGAGGGCCUGCUGGGGAGUUCGCUGUCGGCGCUGGGGGCCCCCACGCCGCCGCCGCACUCGCCCUACUCAUCGUACUCGCCCUACUCGCCCUACUCGCCCUACUCGCCGCUGCCCCUGGACCUGCUCGCCUGCUCGCAGCGGCUCCUCCUCGCCGAAAAGGAACCGAACAAAAUGGAGGAGGCUAAGAUUGGCAAAUCGUGCAUGCCCGAGCCUCUCUGCUGCCCUGGUGACCAACGCCAGUUGUUAGAUGGCUUGGGAGUGAUGCAGCCCCUCACGAUAAAGACGGAGCAGGCGAAGCGCGCCUGCAACACUUGCCUCGCCGGCUCCCCCAAGAAGGUGGCGGCGGGGGAGGGGGGCUGCAGCCGCACCAACCCCGUGGCGUGGCUGGGCCUCAACGCGCAGAACGUGCACUUGCAGGUGAAGCGGGAGCCGCACCACCUGCACGUCUCCGAGCUCGUAGCCGUCAAGCUGGAGCAGGCCUCGCCCGGGACCAAGCCCGACCAGCCCGCCAUGCCCGCCAUACCCGCCUCCCUCAACAAUGGGUUCGUUGCAGGUUCGAUUCCCGUGGGCAUCGCGGUGGCGCGGCAGCGCGUGGCCGACGCGGGCCUCCUGGCCGCCCUCGCGCAGAAGGACACCCAGCGGCUACAUGACAUCGACGCGGCGCAGGCGGCCAUGGCGGUGGGCGUGGCCAACGUGCUGUGCGACGAGCGGCCCGGCCCGCUGGCGUGGCCGGCGCCCGCGCCCGCGCCCCCCGCGCCACUCUGGCAGUACCCCGCGCAAGUGUCGAUGGAGAGCAUGAUGGUGGGCGGCGUGGGGUCCGUGGGCGGCGGCGUGUCCACCGUGGGCGGGUACCAGCUGGUGCGCGAGCCCGCGUCGGGCGCGCUGCUGCUGCUGCCUGCGCCGCCCGAGGUGCCGCACACGGUGGUGUGGGGCGGCGUGCCCUACCCGCCGGCGCCGCUGCUGCUGCCGCCCGCGCCCCACCCGCCGCACCACCUGCAGCUGCUGCCCGGCGAGCUGCUCGCCUCCACCGCCACGCUGCAGCACACGCACACGCACUCCACGCGGCUCGUGGCGCUGGCGCCGGCGCCCGCGCCCGCCCACGCGCCCCACGCCGCCCACGCCGCCCACACCGCCCACGCCGACAAGCGAAAGCCCGCCAUGCAGCCGCUGCUCGCGCCGCACGCGCUCAUCAAGAUCGAGCCCGAGCCGCCGCAGGAGAAGGCGCCCUUCGCACCGGAGCCCGCGCCGCAGCCGAUGCUCACGCACCUCUACUACCAGCCCGAGCUCGCGGAGCAGGCGUGCCGCAGCCAGGCCACGUCGCCGGCCGCGCCGCCCACGCCGCCGCCCGACGCGCCCGCCCACCGCGACGCCUCCAACCAGACGGACCACGUGGAUGACGACGAGGACGCGCCCAACCACGCCGACGACGACGAGCGCGAGGUGGCCUGCGUGGGCGUGGCCCACUGCGCCGACGACGCGCCCCACGCGCCCCACGCGGCCGACGGCGGCCUGGCUUCGCCGGGCCCUCCGCCGCCGGCGCCGCUCGUGGACCUCAGCGGCCUGGAGCUCCUCUCGAACAGCAUCGAGCAGUUCGAAAGGACGACGCCGACCACCGGCCCGCCCAACCUAGAUGCGACGCCGCUGACCGUCGACACGAGGCCCCCGGCCAAAUUGAGCAUCAUGAUAAAGACCUCGCCGAAAUCGCCCCCGCGGGCGGACGCGGAGCCCCGCGGGCGCUUCGAGUUCCCGACGACGGAGCCCGUCGACCCGGACCGCACCAAGCCCUCGCUCGAUGGCUUGGAUAUAUUGUGCGCGUUAGCGGAGCAGAGGUUCAUGGAAGAGGUGGUGGAAAGUCCACCGUCGGCCGCCUCGCUGUCGGCGAGGCCGUUCGUUAAAGCCGAGCCGCUGUUGAGUCCGCCCGAGUCGGCCCGGUCCGCGGAAUCGACGAAGAAGGACAAACACAGGCGCAGAGACGAUUCGUCGAACGAGAGGAGGCGGAAGCGCAGUCACGACAGGGAGGAGAGGCUGAGGCACAAGUUGGAGAAGAUGCGCCGCCACAAGCGGGACAGGGACGGGAGAGGGCGCGGCGAGCGGGGGCGAGCUCGAGGCCAGCCUGAGGCGCGUGACGGGCUGUGCGUGCGGAGGGGGGGGGCGGGGGCGGGGGCGGCGGGGUGCGCGCAUGCGGCCGUGCCCUCGGCGCAGGCGCUCGUCAGCGCCAUGGAGAAGGACAUGCGCGAGCGGCUGCAGGAGCUGCAGCGGCAGUGCGACGAGAAGCGAGCGCAGCUGAGCGCGCUCACGCCGCCGCCGCCCGCGCCCGCCGCGCCGCCCACGCCCCCCGCCGCCGCCCUCUCGCCCGACUCCGACAGGGGCUCGUCCAAGAAGCGCAAAGUGGGCAGGCCGCGGAAGGUCUCCAGCCCGGACUCGACCGAGACUAUAGUCGCCAAGAAGCCCAAGUCGAAGAGCAGCCUGGUCGGAUACCUGUUGGCGAAGGGCAAGCUGAAAGGCGGCAUCCUGUGCACCAGGGGAGAGCCGUCCAGGGAGGAGGCGAAUCGGACCAGCAAGGUCCGGCCGAAGUUGAAGGCCGAACCGAUACUCAAAGUGCACUCCGAGGAGGAGGAGAACGAGGGCGGGCUCGACAGGUCGGCCAGCUCGUCGAUGGAGAGCCUCAACGAGGUCCGCCAGAGGAACAGGGAGAGGGUGGACCGCCUGGCGCGGAAGCACUCGAGAGACGAGCGGGCUGAGCCGGAGCCGGCGCGGCGCUCGCGCUGCACGCUGACGGAGGAGCGGCUGGGCGCGGCGCCGCGCGUGCUCACGGCCAUGGGCGGGCUCUUCUACGCCGGCCGGCUCAGCGCCGUGCGCGCGCCCGACGUGUACGCCGUCACGCUCGACGGAGAGCGCGGCAACAAGCCGCACAUCCUCUCGCGCGAGGAGACGCUGCGCGACGCGAUCCUGGAGGUGAGUCCGGCCUCCGCGGCCGAGCUGGCGCCGGGCACGCGCGUCUGCGCCUACUGGUCGCAGCAGUACCGCUGCCUCUACCCCGGCACCGUGGCGCCCUCCUCGCCCGCGCCCGGCGCUGAGCCCGACCCCUUCGUGGCCGUCGAGUUCGACGACGGCGACUCGGGCCGCAUCGCGCUCGAGGACAUCCGCCUGCUGGAGCCCGACUACCCCGUCGUCGAGUACGAGAACACGCUGUUCACGCUCGGCAAGCGGCGGCGUCACGCCAGCGCCGCGGACGAGAAGAAGCCGGCCGCCGGCGGCGAGCCCAUGGAGCCCGAGCGGCCCGAGGAGCCCGAGCAGUCCGAGGAGCCCGACCGCCACAGGGAGCGCAAGAGGCUCAAGAAGCACCGCAAGGACAAGCUCAGGCGCCGCUCCAGCGCGGAGGAGCUCGUCGCCGCGGACCACGUGAAGAGGAAGAAGAAGAAGCACAAGUGCUGCGAGGAGCACUGCAAACACCGCAAGCACCACAAGAAGCACCACCGCAAGCGCAAGAAGCGGCACCACUCCGGCUGCAGGGAGCCGUGCAGCUCCUCCGGCGAGGAGCAGCCCGGCCGCUCGGGCUCCGCCGACGGGGAGUCCGCCAAGGGCGUGGACGACUCGCCGCUCGCUCUCGUGAGCGCCGUCCCGGAGUCGGGCGACGGCGGGAAGGUCCCUCCGAAGGGCGCGAGCGAGGAGGUCGCGGAGGCGCCCAAGAAGAAGGCGCCGGAGGGCGUGAGCAAGAUGGCGGCCUUCCUGCCGGGCGGCGCGCUGUGGCGCUGGCGCGGCGCGCCCUACCGCCGCUCGGCGCGCGCGCGCCAGCGCAAGCUCUUCUUCCGCGCCAUCACGCGCGGCGACGAGACGCUGCACGUGGGCGAGGCGGCCGUGUUCCUGUCGACGGGGCGCGCCGACCGGCCCUACAUCGGGCGCAUCUGCGCGCUGUGGGAGGCGCGCGGCGCCAUGGCGGUGCGCGUGCAGUGGUUCUACCACCCCGAGGAGGCGGCGGGCUGGCGCGGCGCGCUGCAGCUGGCGCGCGGCCUCUUCGAGUCGCCGCACACGGACGAGAACGACGUGCAGACCAUCUCGCACCGCUGCGAGGUGCUGCCGCUGCACGAGUACCGCGCGCGCCUGGCCGCCGCCGCCGACGCCGACGACCUCUACUACCUGGCGGGCCGCUACGAGCCGGCGCGGCGCGCGCUCGCCCUGCGGCCCGACGUGCCGCUGGCGCCCGCCGCGCCCGACGCGCCCGACGCGCCCGACGCGCCCGACGCGCCCGACGCGCCCGACGCGCCCGACGCGCCCUUCUCUCCU